CAUGAUUACAUUUUUGGAAUUCAAUAAAGAAAUAGAAAUUUUGGAGUUAAAAGGAAAUGUUUUAAAAGAAAAUGAUGAAAACUCUUUUCUAACAGCUUUAUUAUCAUUGCAAAUUGUAAAACAUCUGAAAUUGCCAUUAAUAGAUCAUAAAGAAAUGAUUUGGAAAAAAGAAAAAUUGUCUCAAAAUUGUAAAAGUUUAAUAAAUCUGAAAUUGCUGGAUUUGGGAGAAAAUUCUUUAGAACAUGAAUGUAUAACUGACUUUUUUGAACAAGUUUUACAAAGUUCAAAAUAUUUAUAUACUCUUUUUUUAAGAAAGUCUAAAAUUUCUUCCAAAGUUAUAAACAUUAUGUCAAAUUCUUAUAGACAGGUAACUUCAAAAACAGAAAAUCUUCAAAAGCAUAAACUUUAUAUGAUAUUUAAUUCAUGUGAAUUUGACUUAAAAUUGGAUGAUAUUACUAAAUUUUUCAAUGGUAUGUUCUACUUCAUUGACUUAGAUAUAUCUCAUACAAAGGCACAAUUGGUUAUUGAUAAUCUCUCCAAUCUAAAAUCUCUUGAGCAAAUUGAAAAUUUAAUUUUAGCAAAGUGUCAAUUAACUUCAAACGAUCUAGCCAAAAUUGGAAAAUGUAUUCAUAUAUUCACAUAUAUUGACACAUUGGAAAUAACAUCACAAUUAAAUUCAACUCAAAUAUCACAUCUAAAAGCAGCUAUUGAAAAAAACAUUUCUUUUCAAACAUUACAAGCUUUCCUCAUUGAUGAUAAAAACAUAUCAGAGCAUGUUUUAGAAUAUAAUGACAACAAUGUUAAAGACAAAUGUUCAGAUUUAGUAACAUUUCUCUUAGAACACAUUAAAACAAAUUGCACAAACUUGACCUUACUUAGAUUAAGCAAUUGUUCUUUUCAAUAUGGGUUUGGUCAUAUUGUUGGAGAUGCAAUUUGUAAACAAAGUCUACUGACAAAAUUAUUUUUAAGUGACAAUCCAAUUGGAACAGAAGUUGGAAAAAGUAUUUUUGAAAAUAUUAAAAGAAAUUGCACAAAGUUGACAGCACUUGAUUUAAGCAAUUGUGGAUUUCAAUCAGGAAUUGGUGAUGUUGUUGGAGAUGCAAUUGGUAAACAAACUCUACUAACUGGGCUAUAUUUAAGUGACAAUCCAAUUGGAACUGAAGUUGGAAAAAGUAUUUUUGAAAAUAUUAAAACAAAUUGCCAGAAGUUGAAAAGCAUUAAUUUCAAUAAUUGUGGAUUUGAAUCAGGAAUUGGUGAUGUUGUUGGAGAUGCAAUAGGUAAACAAACUCUACUAACUCAGCUACCUUUAAAUCACAAUGCAAUUGGAACUGAAGUUGGAAAAAGUAUUUUUGAAAAUAUUAAAACAAAUUGCACAAAGUUGACAGUCAUUGAUUUCCAGAAUUGUGGAUUUGAAUCAGGAAUAGGUCAUGUUGUUGGAGAUGCAAUUGGUAAACAAACUGUACUAACUUGGCUAUCUUUAAGGGAUAAUCCAAUUGGAACGGAAGUUGGAAAAAGUAUAUUUGAAAACAUUAAAACAAAUUGCACAAAGUUGACAGUCAUUGAUUUCAAAAAUUGUGGAUUUGAACCAGGAAUAGGUCAUGUUGUUGGAGAUGCAAUUGGUAAACAAACUCUACUAACUGGGCUAUAUUUAAGUGACAAUCCAAUUGGAACUGAAGUUGGAAAAAGUAUUUUUGAAAAUAUUAAAACAAAUUGCCUGAAGUUGAAAAGCAUUAAUUUCAAUAAUUGUGGAUUUGAAUCAGGAAUUGGUGAUGUUGUUGGAGAUGCAAUUGACAUUGAUUUCCAAAAUUGUGGAUUUGAAUCAGGAAUUGGUCAUGUUGUUGGAGAUGCAAUUGGAAUUGGUCCUGUUGUUGGAAAUGCAAUUGGUAAACAAACUCUACUAACUGAACUAUUUUUAAGUGACAAUCCAAUUGGAACUGAAGUUGGAAAAAGUAUUUUUGAAAAUAUUAAAACAAAUUGCACACAGUUGACAGACAUUGAUUUCCAAAAUUGUGGAUUUGAAUCAGGAAUUGGUCAUGUUGUUGCAAAUGCAAUUGGUAAACAAACUCUACUAACUUGGCUGUCUUUAACAGACAAUCCAAUUGGAACUGAAGUUGGAAAAAGUAUUUUUGAAAAUAUUAAAACAAAUUGCACAAAGUUGACAGUCAUUGAUUUCAAAAAUUGUGGAUUUGAAUCAGGAAUUGGUCCUGUUGUGGGAGAUGCAAUUGGUAAACAAACUCUACUGACAAAACUUCUGUUAAGCAACAAUGCAAUUGGAACUGAAGUUGGAAAAAGUAUUUUUGAAAAUAUUAAAACAAAUUGCACACAGUUGACAGUCAUUGAUUUCCAAAAUUGUGGAUUUGUAUCAGGAAUUGGUCCUGUUGUUGGAAAUGCAAUUGGUAAACAAACUCUACUGACAAAACUUCUUUUAAGGAACAAUCCAAUUGGAACUGAAGUUGGAAAAAGUAUUUUUGAAAAUAUUAAAACAAAUUGUACAAAGUUGACACACAUUGAUUUCCAAAAUUGUGGAUUUGAAUCAGGAAUUGGUCCUGUUAUGGGAGAUGCAAUUGGUAAACAAACUCUACUGACAAAACUUCUUUUAAGGAACAAUCCAAUUGGAACUGAAGUUGGAAAAAGUAUUUUUGAAAAUAUUAAAACAAAUUGUACAAAGUUGACAGUCAUUGAUUUCCAAAAUUGUGGAUUUGAAUCAGGAAUUGGUCCUGUUGUUGGAGAUGCAAUUGGUAAACAAACUCUACUAAUGUGGCUGUCUUUAACCAACAAUCCAAUUGGAACUGAAGUUGGAAAAAGUAUUUUUGAAAAUAUUAAAACAAAUUGCACAAAGUUGACAGUCAUUGAUUUCAAAAAUUGUGGAUUUGAAUCAGGAAUUGGUCCUGUUGUGGGAGAUGCAAUUGGUAAACAAACUCUACUGACAAAACUUCUGUUAAGCAACAAUGCAAUUGGAACUGAAGUUGGAAAAAGUAUUUUUGAAAAUAUUAAAACAAAUUGCACACAGUUGACAGUCAUUGAUUUCCAAAAUUGUGGAUUUGAAUCAGGAAUUGGUCAUGUUGUUGCAGAUGCAAUUGGUAAACAAACUCUACUAACGUGGCUGUCUUUAAGCAACAAUGUAAUUGGAACUGAAGUUGGAAAAAGUAUUUUUGAAAAUAUUAAAACAAAUUGUACAAAGUUGACACACAUUGAUUUCCAAAAUUGUGGAUUUGAAUCAGGAAUUGGUCAUGUUGUUGGAAAUGCAAUUGGUAAACAAACUCUACUAACUUGGCUGUCUUUAAGGGACAAUCCAAUUGGAACUGAAGUUGGAAAAAGUAUUUUUGAAAAUAUUAAAACAAAUUGUACAAAGUUGACACACAUUGAUUUCCAAAAUUGUGGAUUUGAAUCAGGAAUUGGUCAUGUUGUUGGAAAUGCAAUUGGUAAACAAACUCUACUAACGUGGCUGUCUUUAAGCAACAAUGCAAUUGGAACUGAAGUUGGAAAAAGUAUUUUUGAAAAUAUUAAAACAAAUUGCACACAGUUGACAGUCAUUGAUUUCAAAAAUUGUGGAUUUGAAUCAGGAAUUGGUCAUGUUGUUGCAGAUGCAAUUGGUAAACAAACUCUACUAACGUGGCUGUCUUUAAGCAACAAUGCAAUUGGAACUGAAGUUGGAAAAAGUAUUUUUGAAAAUAUUAAAACAAAUUGUACAAAGUUGACACACAUUGAUUUCCAAAAUUGUGGAUUUGAAUCAGGCAUUGGUCCUAUUGUUGGAGAUGCAAUUGGUAAACAAACUCUACUAAUGUGGCUGUCUUUAAGCAACAAUCCAAUUGGAACUGAAGUUGGAAAAAGUAUUUUUGAAAAUAUUAAAACAAAUUGUACAAAGUUGACAGACAUUGAUUUCCAAAAUUGUGGAUUUGGUUAGGGUUACACAGGGGUCCCCAAAAAAAUUUUGAGUUCAUAAGUUAUGGAAAUAUUCAGUUUUGUUUGCUGAUUAUAGAUCUGUAAAAAAUGACCUAAAAAUGUUUUUAGUUUGGCUGUUGUUUUUUAAAAACGUUUAAAAAAAAAUACUAUCAUUCUAUAGAGAAUAAAACUCCAACUUCUAAUAGCUUUUUUAAGUUGAUUUUUGGUAUGAAGAUGUAGUUUGGGCUUAUAUAAGUUUUGGUGAAAAGAUAUACCUAAUAAUGUUCUUUGGUUACUAGGGUUUGCAAAGGGUUUUUUUUUUUGACUAAAUCAAAAAAGAGAAACAGGAUUCUCACAUUUCAAGAGUCCCAGUUGAUUUUGAGAAGCAGUCAAAGAAAAAAUACACCAAAAUCGACAUUUAAAACAAUUUCCAACAGAAAAAAUUUUUUCAAAAAAUUUUCAAAAAUAUUUUUCUUAAAUUUUUUUCCUACCUACUUGACCUACCACGGUUUCGUCCUCCUCUCUAUUUUUAUGACCAAGGACUCAUCAGGGUCUAUUAACCUACACCUACAGAGAGGUUGAAGGAUUCCAAUAGGGAAUUCACUUCUUCAGGUCUUUUUUUAAUAUAUAUCAUAUUGAAAGUGCUAUGUAUUAUGAUACUGUAUAUCAGAAUUUGUACAUACCAUUUUAAUAUCAUCAGCAAUUGUAGGGGAUGUUCAUUUAAUUGGGUAUUUUAAAUGUGAUUUUGACUCCUUCUUCAAACUAAAUAUGAACAGUGUGAAUAAAACAUUUAAAAUAUAUAUAACACACUUUCCUGUUUAAUGACAUAUCUAAAUACCAUUCUAUCAUUGAAGGAUGUAUAUUUUGAAAGGAAUUGUAGAAGUUGUUCAUAAGACCAGCUAUUUUUAAUGUGAUGCUGACUCCUUAAUCUUCAAACUAUAAAUGAUUUCUGUGAAAACAUAUUCACUUUAUAUAUAAGACACAUGGAAAAUCCUGUGGGAACAUGCCACAAGCUAAUCCAGGUUAGAUAAAAUUAUAUAAUGCUAACAGAUAUGUGACAGCAUGAAAUUAGUAAACUGUGAGAAAACUGAUAAUCUAACAAAGUCUGUGUAUGAGAACUUACUAUAAUAGUUCAAUGCAAUAGAAAAUUGAAAUUACUGUUUAGAAAUAUAUUCAUUAUAUCAAUUCAAUAUAUCCUAUUUAAAACAUAAUAAUUUUUAUAAUGAAUUUUAGAAGGAAAAUGCACUAAACUUCAAGGCAAGCUAGGUUGAAAAAUAAAAAGGAUAAUUAAAUUCAGUAAAAAUAUUUGAGAUAAGGAAGUCAAUAUUAGUAUAUGUACAAAAUUCAAAGCUCUAUCAUAAUUAAUAAUAAAUCUAGUUUUUUUCUGACGAAUAUUUUAAGGCUUACAACAGAGUAUAUAUGUAGUGUUCCUUAGAAUCCAUAUCUCAGCAACUACUUGGCCAAUUUUCAUGAAAUUUUCACCAAAAUUAUUGUCAGAAAAAAGUAUGUACAAUUAGAAAGACCAUUGGUACAUUUAUUAAGUAUUUCUCAUUUAAAAAAUAUUAAUUAGAAUACUGAAUUAUAUAAGGAAACUGCAUUAAAAUUUAACGCACCAUAGCUCCCAAACUAUAGGAGAUAUUUGAAUUCUGUUAAAAGAUUUGCAAUCAGCAUAUCCAUAUUGGUUUAUGUGCAAAAUUUGAAAGCUCUAUGAUAAUUAAUAAGUAAUUUAGGUUUUUGAUGACGAAUAUUUUAAUGUUACAAGCAGAGUUUUAAUAUAACAUUCAUAGGAAUCCAUAUCUCAGCAACUACUUCAAUGAUUUUGAUCAAAUUUGAAGUAAAAUUAAUGACAGAAUGAGACCAUAUUAAAUUACAAUGAAUCAAAAUUGUAAAAGUUAAUUGAAAGAAAAGUUUUAAUAUUUGUUUUAAAAAGUUGUUUUAUUUAA